GUAGCACGUAGCAGGAGGAUGGUUUCGUUCUGCGUUGCUACCGUUCUCGCUCCCCCCUUCUUCAUCCACGUGGGGGCUGCGCUGUGACCUCCGACUUUUCCUCCCUCUCCUUCCUUUUGGUUUCGGCCUCCUGCCGAACUUCUGAUUGUGCCUGGACCAGGCUUCGUCCGACCUCUGUCGGCGCCAUGUCGAGUUCGUAAGCGUCUUUCCAUCUGCUUCGGUUGCUCGAUUCUCCGCCCAUCGAAUGCUCCAUCGAACGAUUUUCGAGGGAGCCGGCGGCGACGAGCUGGUCGAGUGCGCGCUUUGGAUUUUGUGUUUCCAAUUUCUGGAGAUUUGAGUGAGCGACGUGUGUGUCUGUGUGUCUGCGUUUGUUUCCGAGUGGUGAGUCGGUCACAGUUGAGGGAUUUGGUGAUUCUGUCCAUUUUUGGGGCUCGAGCGGCGGUCAGACAGACUUCGAGUUCGAGGUUUUGUCUUUGUCAGCGUCUUUUCUGAGGUGGAGAGGAGGAGGAGGAGGAAGAGGAGAGGAUAGGAGGAGCUGAAUUUGCGCUUCGAAGGUGCCCUUUUCUCCGAAAGACUCGGCUAUCUGGCGCGACACUGGUUGCAGCAUCCGGCGUCCGCCGCUUCUCGUUGCUUCCUCGCACUUCGUCUUUUGUCUGGACCCCGCCUCCCCCUUUCCUUUUUUCGAUUGCUCGACAUUCCAAUAAAUAAAAUCCCCCUUUCUCCUGCUCCUCCUCCAUAGCUUCCCCACUUGGCUUUUUCUGCGCGAAUCCCUCCUCUUCCUCGAGCAGCAUUCUCAUUCUCAGCUCGCAGCGAGAUAUAUACCCAUCGUACUAGUCUCUCUCGUCGGUGUCCAUAUCAUUAUCGAUUCUUCUCCAGCUCCUCGAAUUUGUCCGCCACCCAGCGACGCGGUUUGGGCUAUUUCCUUUCUUCAGCUCAUUAGCGUCCAAUUGGACUCGCAAUCUUCCUCGAGCUGUACGUGAAGACGAGACGAGGUGAGAUGAGAUGAUGCGGCACGAGAUGGUGUUUGAACAAGAGCGAAUCGAGUCGGCGGAUGUUGUGGAGAGAAGGGCGAGCGAUUGUUUCCAGCGCGUACGAUGAUUUGUCGAAUGCAAUCGAUUUAGGAAGCACUGCCCUCGAGGCGGAAUUUCCAUCCGUGGUGUCGCAGCAGCAGUGGGUGCUCGUGCGCGGGCACUUCGGAUCGAUCCAGCAGUUAGGGUUUUAGAGCUGCGGGAUUCCUCACUCCCCAUUACGCGCGACGAGGCGCGACGAGGCGGAUCAAAGCAUGAAUGGAGGAAAAUGCCCUCCUCCUCCAGCAGCAGUGGCAGUCGCAGAAGCAAGAGCCAUAGCACGAGCGCGAGCGAGAGGAGCAGCAGCAGCAGCCGAGGCGGCAGGUCAGAAUCGUACAUGGCUCAGCAGCAGGGCGACAGCAGCGAGCGGGAACAGCAACGGGGACCACUCUCGAGCGCGCAGCAGCUGCUGGAGGAAUUAGGGAGCUGGAAGCAGCAGCAGCAGCAACAACAACAUUAGGCGAUCGAUAGACGGGGAGGGAGGGAUCGAAUCGAGGGUGCCGGCUGGUGAUCAGCGGGCUAUUGGGGGCGGGGGUGGGGGAUAGGACAUGAUCGAAGAAUUCAGGGAGCGACGACGAUGAGUACCAACAGCACGACGACGGCGUUCACUGCGAACAUGAGCAGAGUGGGGCUGGGGUACGGGAUCGCCAUAGCCGUGGGCAUUCUGGUGCUGGUGUCGACGAUCAUGCUGGCGUCGUACGUGUGCGUGCGAGUGCAUGGGCGAGGGCAGCAGAGCAGCACGACCGCCGUCUCGCCGCAGCAGCAGGCGGGCGACGAGGCGGGGCCCAAUCGCGCCGAGUGGCCGUCCAUGACCGGGCUCGACCAGGCCACUCUCGAGUCCUACCCGAAGCUCAUCUACUCGCAGAGCAGCCCUCUUCCGCACGGCCCUCAGGACACCGCCUGCUCCAUCUGCCUGCAGGAUUACCGCAACGACGAGGUGCUCCGAAUGCUGCCCGAUUGCCACCACGUUUUCCACGCCCCGUGCAUCGACGCCUGGCUGCGCCUCCAUGCCUCGUGCCCCAUGUGCCGCAGCUCCCCCCUCCCCACCCCUCAGCUCACCCCCAUCUCCACCCCUCUCUCCGAGCUCAUCCCUCUGGCUCGCCACCCUCUCCAAGCCCGACCUCAUGUUUGAGCCUCUGCUCGAAUCCUCCUGCUUCGGGGCGAGCUUGGCUGAUUCUCGGGUAGCCAGUGCAUGGCAGCAUGGCAGGGCAGGGCAGGGCUGGGCUGGGCUGCGGUUGUCCUCCAUGGAAACAGGUUGGGGUCUAGGGUUUAUCGAUGGAUGCGGUGCUUUUUCUUAGGAGCUAGCUAGGACGGAGGAAUAUCUCCUGAUCAAGGUGCGGGAGGUGAAUGAUAGUGUACAUACAUCAGAGGCUCACGGCUUUGCUUUCGCCUGUAAAAUAUGUCGGAGAUGAUGAUGAUGAUGGUGGUGGUGGUGAAGAUAUGUCGGCGAGUGGCUCGAAGGGGCUGUGCUCUUUCUCGAUCUGAUUGUUUACGACGCAAAAGAAUCGUCAACCGUUUAGUCACACCCACGAGCAGCUCACUGCUGCAGCAGCAGCAGCAACAGAUGUCAGUCGUUGACACCAAAUGUACUCACUCAGUUAAAACUAAAAUUGCAAUUUUGUUUCUAGAGAUACAGUAAAAUUCAGGUCACUCGUUACUUGCUCG